AUGCCUGUUAAACAAGAGAAACAAUUUAGUUUUCAAUCCGGUUGGACUGAAUGUUCAUCCCUUCGAAUUGAUACUGAGGAAGAUAAUAAUCAUUAUCAAACCUAUCCAAUUAAAGUCAGUAUACGACUUAUGUUUUUACGAAUAGGUGAAAUAGAUACAUUAAAUGAAAAAUAUCAAGCACAAAUCGCUAUUGAAGCUCGUUGGCAAGUUAAAUUUGAUAAAUUAUUAUCAAUACUUUCAUCUGAUGAUCAAAAACGUUUAUCGGAUGGAAAAUCUAUUUCACUUAUGAAUUAUACUGAAUCAAAUUGGCAUCCACAAUUAUUUAUUGAAAAUGCUAUAGGCGAUUUAAAAGAACAAAUAAGAUAUACUGCUAAAAAAUCUAAAGAAGAUAAUCAAAUUUAUGUUUGUGAACAUCGUGAUAUAAAAGGAUUAUUUUGGGAAAAACUUGAAUUACAUCAUUUUCCUUCGGAUAUUCAAGAAUUAUCCAUAUCUAUUGGUUCAGUACUUUAUAAUGAUAAAGUUAUAUUAAUUGCUGAUCCAUAUAAUUUAAGUGGAAUUAAUCGUGAAAUAUUUAUUGAUCAGCAAGAAUGGAAAUUAUAUGAAUAUGUUGAUACACAAGAAAGAUAUGUUAAAGAAUAUCUCAUUCAAAAUGAUGAUGAAAAAGAUAAAGAAGUAAAUUCAAAUGACGAACGAAAACGUUCAUUUUUAACUGUUUCAUGUCAUGCAGCUCGACGUUCUGGAUAUUUCUAUUGGAAUGGUUAUUGUCUAGUAUUUCUAAUUACAAUAUGUGCAUUUUGUACAUUUUCUAUUCCACCUAAUCUUCCACAUAAUCGUCUACAAAUAACAGCAACACUUCUUUUAACAUCAAUAACUUUUCGUUGGACUGUUAAUCGAUCAUUACCAACAAUUUCUUAUUUGACUACAUUAGAUAAAUAUGCAAUUACAUCCAUAUUUAUUCUUAUUAUUUUAUGUGUAUGGCAUGCAAUUAUUGGUACAAUUAUAUUUAUUAAGAAUCAUCAAUUAACAAUUAAUACGGAUAAUAUUUAUGUAUGGAUUGAUCGAUAUUUAUUCUUUACUUUUUCUAGUCUAUAUGGUUUUAUGCAUUUAUGUAUGAUGAUUUGGUUUUAUAAAGUUCCAUUUGGAUUUCAACGACGAAUGAAACAACGAGAUAUUGAUUAUCGAAAUAAUUUAAAAUUAAAACAAUCAUCAAAUACAUCUCGUUUGAAUAAUUCUCAUACAAAAACAAAUAAAUUUUCUUUAUUAGAUAUUAUGACUGAAGAUGAUAUAAACAGAGACAAUAAUUUAAUUAAAACUCGAAUGGUUUAUUUGUAA